AUCACUGAGUGAGUGUGGAUGGCGUGGGCUUCUCUCUCCUCCAAACCGCACAGCAUCAUCAUCACUCGGUUCACAGCAACAGCCUCGUACGCAUCCUCAUCCUCAUCCUCCUCCUCAUCCUCCUCAUCACCAUCUCCGGGCUGAAGAGGGAAUCACAUCGCCGGAAUAAAGAUAUAAAAAGAGCCUGUUGUCAGUCAAGUGACUGACAUCUCUUCAAAUCUGUGAGGUUUAUCCUGAACAAACUGAAGCUUCAGGUGGCCUCUCCUAUAAAUCUUUGACCACAUUUUCAUCUUAACCCCUUUAAAAUGGAAGACGGCUACCAAAACCGGACUGCCUUCAUAAAGGGCGCCAAAGACAUUGCCAAGGAAGUCAAGCGGCAAGCAUCUAAGAAGGUCGGCCGCUCAGUGGACCGGAUGAGCGAUGAGUACAGCAAGCGCUCCUACAGCCGUUUUGAAGAGGAUGAUGACGAUGACUACCCCGUGCAGGGAAGCCAGGAUGGAGGCUAUUACCGUGGAGACAGCCAGGCGGCCAAUGACGAUGAGGGUGGCCACAGUGACUCCACAGAGGGUCAUGAUGAGGAUGAUGAGAUCUAUGAGGGCGAGUACCAAGGGAUUCCCAGGGCCGAAUCGGGCAAGGGUAGCCUGGCUGGAGGCCCGGGUUCAGUGAGGGCUGGUGCUCAGCAGUUCAGAGAUAUCGGCGUGUCGGAGGCCGAAAGGAGGAAGGACCAGGAGGAGCUGGCUCAACAAUACGAGACCAUUUUACAAGAAUGUGGUCACGGGAAGUUCCAGUGGACCCUGUACUUUGUGCUGGGGCUGGCUCUCAUGGCAGAUGGUGUGGAGAUCUUUGUGGUCGGGUUUGUUCUGCCCAGCGCUGAGAAGGAUAUGUGCCUGUCUGAACCUAACAAAAGCAUGCUAGGUCUGAUUGUAUAUUUUGGGAUGAUGGUUGGGGCUUUCCUCUGGGGGGCUCUGGCUGACCGGAUAGGCCGUCGCCAGUCUCUUCUCAUCUCGCUUUCCAUCAAUAGUGUCUUCUCAUUCUUCUCCUCCUUCGUCCAGGGCUACAGCACCUUUCUGUUUUGCCGACUCCUCUCAGGUGUUGGGAUUGGUGGCUCGAUUCCCAUCGUUUUUUCCUACUAUUCUGAGUUUCUGUCCCAAGAGAAGCGUGGUGAGCACCUCAGUUGGCUCUGCAUGUUCUGGAUGAUCGGGGGAAUAUAUGCAUCUGCCAUGGCCUGGGGUAUCAUCCCACAUUAUGGAUGGAGCUUCCAGAUGGGCUCGGCGUAUCAGUUCCAUAGCUGGCGUGUGUUUGUGUUAGUGUGCGCAUUUCCUUCUGUUGCCGCUAUCGCUGCCCUCAGUGCCAUGCCUGAGAGCCCACGCUUCUACUUAGAGAACGGCAAACAUGACGAAGGAUGGAUGAUUCUGAAGCAAGUUCACGACACUAACAUGCGAGCAAAGGGGUACCCAGAGAAAGUGUUUUCUGUCACCACCAUUAAGACGGUGAAACAGAUAGAUGAGCUGGUGGACACUGGCACUGAUACUCCAGUCUGGCAGCGCUACAGGCUGAAGAUUAUGAGCCUCACACAACAGAUACGAAAUAACAUUCUUGCCUGCUUCAGGCCAGAAUACAAACGGACGACUUUCAUGCUCAUGGCUGUUUGGUUUACCAUGUCUUUCAGCUACUACGGUCUGACAGUGUGGUUCCCCGACAUGAUCAAGUACAUCCAGAAGCAGGAAUAUGAGUCGCGUACAAAGACUUUCACUAAGAAAAAAGUGGAGCAUGUCACUUUUAACUUCACCCUGGAAAACCAAGUGCAUCGCGAAGGACACUUCUUCAAUGACAAGUUCCUCAACCUGAAGAUGAAGUCCAUGGUGUUUGAGGACUCUAUCUUUGAGGAGUGCUACUUCGAGGACAUCACCUCCACACACACCUUCUUCAGAAACUGCACCUUCAUUGCAAGUUUGUUCUAUAACACAGAUUUGUUCAAAUAUAGGUUUGUCAACUGUAAACUGGUCAACAGCACGUUCCUCCACAACAAGGAGGGCUGCAUGCUCGACUUCAGCGACGACUUCAACAAUGCCUACAUGAUAUACUUUGUCAACUUCCUGGGCACAUUGGCUGUGUUGCCUGGCAACAUUGUGUCGGCUCUAUUAAUGGACAAAAUUGGGCGUUUAAGGAUGCUGGCCGGAUCCAGUGUCAUAUCUUGUGUCAGCUGUUUCUUCCUGAUGUUCGGCAACAGUGAGUCGGGGAUGAUCGCCCUCUUGUGCCUGUUUGGUGGCAUCAGCAUCGCCUCGUGGAACGCCCUGGAUGUGAUAACAGUGGAGCUCUACCCCUCGGAUAAAAGGACCACAGCGUUUGGCUUCCUGAAUGCCCUCUGCAAGCUGGCAGCCGUACUGGGCAUCAGCAUCUUCCAGUCAUUUGUCGGCAUCACCAAGGCUGUACCCAUCCUAUUUGCCGCUGGUGCGCUCGCUGCAGGUAGUUUCCUUGCAACAAAGUUACCUGAAACACGAGGCCAAGUGUUGCAGUAAAACACAAUGACCAACAGUGGGCAGCAGAGCACAGCUGAAGUGUGUGUUUGACAACUAAGAGCCCAAACAUCCCUGAGAGCUUCAGUGCUGCCCGAGUCACACCAACAGAGCUGACUGCCAUCCUCAUUGUAAGCCCAGAAUCCUUUGAAAUAUAGAUUGCAUCAUUCAAAGUCUAUUCAGAGAAGAGCAGAAAGAAAAACCUGUGUCAAGAAUGCACAACUACUUCUGAUUCAGCUGCACCGUCAGGUACCAAAAAACAUCCAAUCUUUUCAAAAACAUGCACAGGGCGAUGCAGUACAAAUUGUGGUGUGCAGGAGAGGAUCAGAUGUUAAUUUCUGGGAGUUUUCUCUCCCCAACCCACAGGUCUACAAUAUCAAACACAAUUGAGAAGACAGAUGUCAAAUGAGGACUUGAGACUGCAAAAAGAAAAGCCAUUUAUGGGGAUGCGGGAAAAGAUUUAGUCUAUGCGUGUGGUCGGUUUUCAGAUGUGAAUGUUUUUCUUUCUCGUCUGUCCUCAGCGGCCUCAGCGACCGGCUUUCAGUGCUGAUUUUUCAUUUGCUGCUUGUAGAAUUCACUUUACAUUUCCAUUUGUGCUUUGGUGAAACAUUUUUCUUUUGAAAUGAUCUCACAAUGAAUUCCAGGGUGAAUGUUUUCUCUAACUAAAAAAAACAAAACAAAAAACGGCAUGACCCUCGACCACUGCCUGCUGAGGCCAGACCUGUUUCUACCAAAUAAUAUUCAAACAUUCCAGUGAGGCUUGAUUUUUGCAGAAACAGAGAAUUCAUUUUUUUCUUUGUCUCUGCAUAAUUCCAGUGUACUCCUCUGCUGAGCACAGACAGGUGAAGAUGCAUUUCACAGGAUUCUCUGAUGUAAAUGGGAAUAGUUUGAUCCAGCUCCUCAGUGUUAAACUUAUGUUUUUCCCUCCCUGUUGUUGAACUAUACAGCUGUGGCAGUGUGACGUCCGCAACACGGGAACGUCUGUGGGACGGAUUUUGGUCAAGUGCUAAAUGUGAGAGCAGAUGCCGUAGUGUAAUAUCUGCCUAAAUUAGUCGUGUGAGUGUGCAUGUGUGUCCUUGUUGUGUGAGACAAGAGAGAGUGUCUGCCAUUUCAUGCAAAUCAGGGCAGCCAUGUGGACCAUAUCUUAACUGAUCCAACAGCAGAAUGUACACAACAGCGGUCACACAUUCAUUUAUACAAAAUGAUAUCAAAUAGAACUUGUUUAGUAGCUCAGGUGUGGUGAAAUGUUUACGCCACGUUUACUGCUGGUAUUAUGUUUUAACGCCACUCCACUGAAAAAAAAAAAAAAAGUCCAGCUCCAUCUUCCAUCUCAUACAUAGCUGUAUUAAUUAGCCUUAAUAUGAAAACAAGUCAUUGGACUGAGUGUGAAAGCUUUUUGCUAGCUUUUUGCAGAGCUUUCAACUGCAUCUCACGCUUUCUAGCAGCUGGGUUGGUAUUCUCAAUGAAAACGUUUAAUGUUUUGUCAAAAUCCUUUGGUUGUGUUAAUUUUUAAUUUUUGGCCUCAAUGCCGUAUCCUUUCUUAAAGUUGUGUUAAAGCUAGGGUAGGCAGUUUUCUGGAGAAGGCAAAAAAUGGCAGAAAAUAGACCUCCUUCUACAGCCCUGCCCUCUCUGUCAUAACGCCCUCCCACCAGACGGUCACAGGCACAUAUACACGCUUCUUACAAUAACCCAGUGUUUCUCAUAUGUUGAUUUAUAUAAUUUUAUUUAAAUGUAGAUUAGCAGACAAUGCAAUCACUUAGCCCCUCCUUGUCUUUUUAUCAGACCAUAAAUGAGCCAAGUAUAAGAUAGCUAGAAACUAGGUGUGGAGACAACUCUUUAGUUAGUGGCCCUAGCGGUUCAAACUCAGCUAGCACUAACCCCGGCGCUGUUGAUCUAAUCUGUGCAAUGGCAGCAACAAAAGGUUUGCUGAUCUGGGAGCAGUCUGGGAUUAAACCCCCUAGCGCUGCCUCUGAAUUUGAGUUGCUCACUGAAAGUCUGUUCCAUUCUGUAAAGUUCCUUUUAGAUGACAUACUUUAAUCUGAAGCUCUAACUAACCUUAGCUACAUAAACAUGAGCUUAAAUUAUCAAUUAAUUAAUUAUUAUUAACAUCUCCUGCUUCACUGAUAUUUUUGU